UGAACCAUAUAAACAACCCUAAUGAAGUCUCUUCCUCUCACCACUUCCAAGAAAGAGAAAAAUUUUCAGUAGAAAUGGAGGUAAAGAAAGAGUGUAACAAGAGAGAAGCAAAGGAGAUAUAUACAGUUUUGUUCACAGCAGGAACUGCUCUUCUAAUGGCAUGUUUAAAGAAAGCUAUAAUGUUGAUUCUGAUUGAGCAAUGGCGUUUGUGGGUGUUCCUUGUUCUCAAUCUUGUACUCCUGGCGAUUUUCUUCACUUCAGUGCACUCAACUUCAAGGGAUGAACAAGCCCUAGAAAGCCAUGGCAAUGUGAAGAGCAAGAAACAGUGUGGUGGGUGUGAAAAUGUUGAAGAAAUGAGCGACAAUGUGAAGGUGAAGGUGAAGAUUGAGAGUAUGAGAAGCCAUAAACAAGAAUGUGUUGAAGUUCUUGAAGCUGAGAGAUUGAAUGAAAAUGAACAAGAGGGUAUUGUUGUUGAAGAUGAUUGAGAAGAGGGUCCAAGGCUUUCAAAGGAGGAGUUGAAUGAGAGAGUUGAAGCUUUCAUUGCAACAUUUAGGCAACAUUUAAUUUUAGAUGCAAGAAAAGGCAGAGACUAAAGGUUUUUUUCCAGGCAAAAAAAAGCUGAAAAUUCCAUCAACUUACAUAAGAGAAGAGGUCUAAUUGACAUGAAACUUCAAUUUAUUACUAGUAUAUAUUGAGAUUUUGCUUUUGAUAUUGUAAU